AUGGAGAUAAUAAGUGGCUUUGAUCAUUAUGUACGUCAGCUAGGCGAGCGACGUCCAGAUAUAUUUGGAUUAGAUGCAGACAUUUUCCCGGACGGCGGUCCCAAGCGCAACUCACUUGUUGAAAUUUCUGGCGCUCAAAAUACUGGAAAGACAUUGCUGCUCAUGCAACUUGUUGCCAAGUUUUUAUUGCGCGGUGAAGUAAUAUUUAUUAAUGUUAGCCAUAAAAUCGAUGUGCAGCUACUUGGAGGCUUCAUCAAAGAUGAGCUGCGUAGCGCCAACGACAACGCCACACCCACCGAAAUACAGGAAAGUUUCGAAAAGUGCAUAGGCUCACUAGAGAUGAUUAAUUGCUACUCAAGUGAGGAGCUGGAGAUGACAUUGGAAUCUUUGGACAAUCACAUGUUACUUGAAAAGGAUCGUGUUGGUCUUAUUGUCAUAGAUGCUUUGUGUGAGUUCUACUGGCUGGAUUUUACGGAGAGGAAGCGCAUGACCAAAUAUUGCUACUACAUGGAAACACUAAAUCGCAUACGAAUGAUUUGUAAUAAGUUUCAUGUUUGCUGCAUGUUUACUGUAGACACUAGCUUUAUAAAUCCGCGCCAAACAGCCUCUAGAUCGGUAUCAAUAGACCAUAAGCUUAGGUUAAAUGCUCUUAAUAAUGGCCAGCGUACUUUAAAUAGUCGAAUUAUAAAAUUUACCGAAAGAGGUGUUCAGUGUCAAAAAUAA